AUGGCGACCGAUGCUCUUUUGCCCGUCAAACUCCUUGAUGUUACGACGAGACAGAUUGUACAGUAUCCCGGCACCGGCUGCGAGUAUACGGCUUUGAGUUAUGUAUGGGGCAAGGUUGGGCAUGAAAGGUUCGCACAGGGAGAUAAGGUCAAGACACUGGCGAAGACACUAGAAGACGCGAUCACACUGACAGGGAAACUUGGAAAGCGCUACAUAUGGAUUGACUCCAUCUGCAUCAACCAGAACGACCCCGAAGACGUUGCCGAUCAAGUGGACAGGAUGUGGAGCAUCUAUCGGGGUGCAUGGCUCACUAUCAUUGCCUUGUCCGGCGCUUCAGCAGAUGCGGUUUCCUCGUCCUCGGACAAUCGAUCCAUACCAAUACAGAUCCGGUUCAAAGUUCAGGACAAGACUGUUGUCAGCCUAUUCCCGACUUUGUCGACGCAGAUUUGGACCUCUUCUUGGGUUCAACGUGCCUGGACGCUCCAAGAAGGUUUGCUUUCCGCGAGAUGCCUGUACGUGACCGCGCAGCAAAUGUAUUUCGAUUGUGCUUCCAUGCAAUGCUCAGAGUCUCUCGAAGAAACGCGGUCAUGGGCUCACAAUUUGACCCCAGCUUCCAACCCAACGCAAGAAGGCUUCGUCACAUGGAUGCUACGACAAGCUGGAGCCGGAGCAUUGAGAAUUCCGCUCGAUUGGCCUUCCAGGCGCCUAGAAUACUGGGGAACGAAGCUCAAUCUGUACUCCUGUCGAGACAUGACUUACCAGACAGACGCCAUCCGAGCCUUUUCUGGAAUUCUCCAGCGGCUCCUGACGAUCUACCCAAAGGGCUUCUUCUGGGGUCUCCCUUACGAGGACUUCGACUGGGCUUUGACUUGGGCUGCUUCAGCUACCGUGUCCCGUCGUGAAGGCUUCCCUUCAUGGUCAUGGGCUGGCUGGAAAGGUGUAGUGUUCUUUGGACAGCCGCUCGAUGUCACUCAAACUCGCCGGACUCCUACUUGGCUACAAAUUUCCCGCUUCGAAGCAGGCAACCUCGUACCAGUCUAUACAUCUGUUCCUGCGGAUCCCACGAAUCACUCGGGCGACAGAAUUGUUAUUCUUAACGAUCCCGUACACUCAACAUGGGAAGGACCCCUGGAAGACACUCGAACUGAGCCGGCGGUCCUUCAAAACGCAGAAGAGAAAGGAUUUCUGUCUGUGACGGCAGUAUGCCUUCACUUCGCGCCGGACUUUUCAAAUCCACAGACCAGAACGUAUGCACAGGGACAGCUUCAACGCUUUGCUUUCAAGGUGGACAACACUUCUUGCUUGAUCAGAAUCUACAGCAUGGAUGAUCAGGUGUCUGGUUCCUGGAUUGAUGAAGAGUGGGAGUGCGAAGCCAGUGAUACGAAGCACACCUUUGUCCUGCUGGCACGUGAUCACGUCACGGUGUCGUCUUGCAUAAGCUCAUGUGGAUUAAAUGGGUUGGAUCGGGCUCGGCGGAGCGAGUUACAAUACUCGAACUGCUGGUGCCGUUAG